AUGGCGUCCCGCGUAUCGUCGGUGUUUUUAGCGGCGUUAGGCUGCCUUAUUGUGUGCACAUCCGCUGUCCCGCAGGGAACGGUCACCACCUACCAUGGUAACCAUUUCCCUUCGCUGGGCGCUUCAUCCGGAGUUGGAGGUGGCUCGAAGCUGCUACUUCCGGAAGGAGUCGGAUCCUCCGAAGAGCGAAUUCUAACCGGAUCCGAAGAUUUCUUGGCCGCCUUCCAUGAAACCGGUGAUGACACAUGCAGCUUCGAGAAGUAUGCCUUCGAUCACGACGGUACGGUAAAGUACGGCAACAAGCUGCCGGCCCUUUCGCAGUUCACCCUAUGCGCGUGGAUGCGGUUCACCAAUCACACCGGCGACCAUACGAUCCUCACCUACUCAGUCGAGAAAGAGCCGCGCGAAAUACAGCUCUGGAUCUCCAACAGCAUGGGCAUGAGCUUCAUCAGCCUUGCCGUUCACGGCCAGUCGCUCUUUAGGUUGAACUAUCCUUUCAAAAUGCGAAAGUGGCACCACGCGUGCGCCUCGUGGAACGGCAAGACCGGCGAAUGGCAGCUGUGGAUCAAAUCGGAGCGUGUGGGCCGCGGAUUCCACAAUCGGUUGGUAAAUUACGAAAUCCAACCCUACGGUACGCUGUUCUCCGGCGGUCCGUCCAUCACGGGGCUGACGGACGUAGGGCUGCACUUCGAGCUGACGGCGGUGCAGAUCUACAAGGUGGCGCUCAGUGCGGGCAAGGCGCACCGGGACCACAAGCAUCACCAUGUGCACCACUUCGAUCAUAACGGCGGCGAGGUGACGUCCACGACGCCGGCGACCCUGAUGACGGCUCCACCGCAACCGGCCAAUCCGCUGCUGGCGAACGGACAGAUUCCGACGCGCGUAAAGAUCAAUCUUGCGCAGAGCGGUGGCCAGCAGAACAGUGGCAGUCUGGGCAUUCCGACCAAGGGCCUGCCGUCGCAGUUGGUCGGCGGAUUCAGCCCGUCGGUGGGAUUGCCGCCCAACGCUGGUUCCCCCACCGUCACGACGAACUUCGUCAACGGACAGUUCAGCACCGGCGUGCGGUUCCUGCAGGAACAGCUCGUCUCGAACAACGUGCUCGGUCAGUUCCCGCGAUCGAGCAGCGGCAUCAGCUCCAUCGGAACUCCAACUUCAUCCGGAGGGUUCGCAUUCCCCAGCGAUAGCAGCAGUUCCGGACCUUCCGGUGGGGCCUACUCCAUCGUGCAGCUUCCCACGGACAACAGCCCACGCAAGCUGUUCAAGCGACAAACGCGAAAGUCGAAGCCUGCCGCGGCAAUCCCUUCGGAUGACGCAUCCAAAGCGAAACGAGAGCUCCUCCAGCUGCAGGACGGAUCGUUGCUGCAGAGCAGCGAGUACAUCUUCGACGGGCUGGCCGAGUUCGGUCUGCCCGACUUCAAGAACAAGCUGGGACGCGAAACGGACAUCGAGGACGAGAUCCGGGAGCACGACAAGGAGCCAGCCGAGGAGGAGGUCCGUGCCGUCAUGCACAUCUGCUCCAAGUGUGCACCGGAACCGUUCGCCAAGGCGCUGGUGUUCGCCUGGAAGGACGCGGAAACCGAGCUCGGUGGAGCCCUGCAGGCUAAGGCGUCCUCCCGUUGUGGUCACUUCUAG